GUCUUCCGUUUUGUUCCCCAACGGCUCCGCCAGUGAAUAAAAUAAAAUGAAACGUCAGUCUCCAAACGGAGAGAAUUGAUUUGAAUUAAAUAGUAUUCAAGCUGAACGCGUAUUCGCGACCUUGUGUCGCCUUAUCCAAUCGCAUUCGGAUCUGUAGUUACGGCCGGUGCUUCUGUUUACAUCCUAUCAACCGAUUAUACAGUGAAAAUUCAGUCGUAAGAUUGCCGCGGUUGUCGGCGUAUGCCUAUUAGAACUAUAAUACCAAAAUAGAAUGCAAUCGUCGUGUUAGGAUGUGAAGGCUCCGUGAAUUCGGUGCGAGCUGAGCUGACCUCACAUCUGAGUAAAGACAUCGACCCACGCUGUUUAAUAAAGUGACUCCUACGCGGCACAACCACUGAGGAACUGCGUCGUCUAAACAUUACAAUGAGCAAAAUUAUGAGAAAUACCAACGUGUCGUGUCGUUAACUUAUGCUCUGCUAUUUUAAAUCUAAGUUAAAGUGUUUAUUUUGCUGAAAUCUGUGCGUCUGUGUGUCUGAAUGAGUCAGUCUGGAGGUGUUGUGUAGUGUUUCUGUUUUGCUGGCCAAACUACAGAAUUCCGUCAACACUCAAGGCUACUUUGUUAAGAAACCUGAUGUUCUUCAACUCUGCAAACUGCUACAAGAAACAAACCAAUAUGGCCGCAAAAGCCAUAAGAUAGUCAAAUAGUACAACUGAAAUGAAAAGUUCCUGUUGAGUUAAGUGAAAAUCAUUCAAAAUAAAAAAGUCUGCGGCUCUGCUGUGUUACAAAGUGAGGAUGGAUGAAAGCGAUGUCAUCAUAUCAUCUACUGAGAUCAUUAAAGACAGAUUGUACUUCGCGACGCUGAAGACUGGUUACAAGCCCAAACCUACCAGAAACAGCAAAUAUUUCCACAUAGAAGAUGAGAUUGUGUACGAGAACUUCUACUUCGACUUCGGGCCUUACCACCUCUGCCAUCUGUACCAGUUCUGCAACAAGCUUAAUGAAGAAUUGGAGAAGAACCCGAAGAAGAAGAUCGUUUUCUACACCAGCAACAAUGAGACGCUACGGCUUAAUGCGGCCUAUCUUAUUGGGAGUUAUCAGAUAAUUUACCUAGACACGAGUCCAGCAGCAGUCUACAAGCAGCUCACAGAUGGCUCCGACUGGUCCCUGCUGAACUUCCGCGACGCCUCCGGAGGUCCCCCACUCUUCGAUAUAUCCCUCCUCGACGUGUUGCACGGCGUGAAGGUAGCCCAUGAUGCCAGGUUCUUCGACUUCGAUAACUUCGAUGCUGAACAGUAUUUGUUUUAUGAGAAAGUGGAAAACGGCGACCUAAACUGGAUCAUACCUGGCAAAAUGCUGGCCUUCUCCGGUCCCCACCACCGCUCUCGCCUCGACCGGGGCUACCCCCUCCACAGCCCGGAGCACUACCACGAUUACUUCCGCAAACACCACGUGACGACCAUCGUACGACUCAACAAAAAGUCCUAUGACGCCCGGCAGUUCACCGCACAUGGGUUCGAGCAUAGGGAGUUGUUCUUUGUGGAUGGGUCCGUGCCAUCGGAUCUGAUUGUCAACCGGUUUAUAAGGAUCACAGAGAUGGCUAAAGGUGCCGUUGCUGUGCAUUGUAAAGCGGGCCUCGGUCGUACAGGCACCCUGAUCGCGUGCUACCUGAUGAAGCACCACGCCUUCACUGCGCGCGAGUCCAUCGCGUGGCUGCGUAUAUGCCGCCCUGGAUCCGUUAUAGGCCACCAGCAGUGGUUCCUUGAGAACGUCCAGCCCCGCAUGCAUGCAGAAGGCGAGUCGUACCGGCGCCGACACAACAUCACCACGCUACCCGUGUUCCCGCGCGGCAUCUACAGCGAGCCGCCCGCCGAGACGCUCGACAACAAGCCUGUGCUGCACACCAGCAAGCUCACUAACAAGUUGGACAACGCUAACGUGUUGAACGCGAACGAGACAGACUCCGAGAAUAACGUCACAUCAGUGAUUGGCAAGUACAAGACUACCCCCACUCCUAUGCUACCCACUAAGACCGUGUUCGCGCCAAAAAUGAACUACAUGAUGCCUACCAACAACAUACGCAACGCCAACAACACCAACUUGAAACAACCGCCGAGAAUCAUCAACAGUACGCUAAAAUCUCACUACGCGUCCAAAACUUCCACCUUCCCCCCCACUAGAAGUGCCAAUUCUCAAGCCAAUAAACUUGCCGGGGGAGUGAAACCGUUCACUGGUAAGAGUAGCUUCCACGGCCAGAGAGCCAACCUCGCCCGCCCUGCCCUAGGCUACACGCACGGCGCCAGCCCACUCAAAACCUUCACCAGGAAAACUGUCAGCGUCAACAAAAUCGCCAACAACGACAGCGCAGUCGUCACAACGCUAAACAACGUAACUUCAACCUUAUCGGCGCUGACAGAAAACUGCCAUUUGAACGGCAAGAAUCGUCUCCCGUCUGAGCCAAACUUAAAAUCAGUCGUCCAAAAUAAACCUACUAACUCGAAUUUGACCGCUCGCAAAAAAUUGAUAGUCAGGUCAAACUCCAGCUCCCGUAAGAAGGUACCGAAAAGUAAUUUGCCUAAAAGCAGUCUUGAAUCGACGCAGGAUUUGUCUUCCAGUGACACAAACGUCACGAACAUUUCUGCGGAUUCUCUGGAAACUCCCUUCAGGUUCAGACGGAAAAGGGACAAGUCCAACAGUCCAGAACCUAUGGACUGCAUCACAAACUCUGUCAUCACAGCUGACGUCACACCUGAUAAUUUCGAAGAGACAAACAACUCGCAAGGAAAUAAGUUGUAUAAGAUAAAAGCGUUGAGGAAGAAAUGCCCCGCGUUCGGCGUCAGUUUGCUGAAGAAGGACGGCGUUCAGACGCGGUCGAGUAGUUGCGCCAGUAGCUCGACCGUCAAGAAGAAAUGAUCUCUGUGAAAGCCCGACAGCUAGUAGUGUUCGUGUCUAGACGUAUAGUGUAACGAUGUGCAUAGCACUCGACGGUGUUGUCGUUUAUACUCUUGAUGAAUUUGUUUAGAUGCUUCCUAACAUUUUUUUAACAAUCGACUGAACUUUUUUAUUAUUGAACUCAUAUCAAGUUAAAAUCUGCUAUAAAUGACACUUAGUCUAAACAAAUUCAUCAAUGUUUUUGAUGUAUAGUUGUUAACGCUACUUGACCCCGCGGAAAGCCUACUGUAAUCUCAUUAGUUACUACUGACGUGAAGUUAGCGAGUGGUCGAUUGAUUGCCUGCCGAGUGGAUCAUUAUAUGUUUUAUAUUUGUUGAAAUACUUAAGUUACAAUAUUUUGUGGCAUUUUGUGUCCGUAGUGAUACAUACGCUCUGAACAGAGCAUUGGAAAGUGUUCAGUGAAAUAUAUACACAUACAACAAUAUAAAUACAUAUUAUAUAAUAUCAACAGUUGAAUAUAUUAUAGUUGACUAUAUAUACUUUGAAUAUCGUGCCUCUGUUAUGCGGUGCAUUCACGUAGAAUGUCAUUGAAAUAGAGAUUUUAUAAUAAGCUUGCUAUACAGACAAUCAGUUGAUCGGUAGUGUUGUAAGGAGAAAUAUUUUUGUAGUUAAAAUUAAUAAGUGAUUACAAAAUGCCAUUUUCUUUAGCUUUUAUUGAGCCUUUUGUUGUUUAGAUUUAUGAAUCGGUUGAAUAUGUUACAUUUUGUUGUCGUCUUGUGAUCAUUAUCAGUUUUAUAUAAUAUAGUAUAUAGUAAGUAUGUUUAUUCGCCAUGCUCAGAUAUUUUAUGAACUGCUAUUAUUUUUGUGAUUGCUUGAUGUACACUGAGACUUGGUUUGUGCAAUAUAAAGCGUAUUUUAUAUAAACUAGUUGACAUAUGACCUGACAUUGCCUUGGAUAUAUUUACUACAUAUACCGCGAUGAGUCUUAGGUAUACACUUGAUAGUUUUUAUUGAAAUAGUCUAAUAUAACAGUAUAUAUACAAUAGUAUAUAAUUUUAUACAGUAUAGUACUUCUUAGUGUGCAUUAAUUUAAGACGGUUACGUUUGAAAGUUGUCACAAAUGCUGUGUGAGGGUAGCUUAACAUUAUAAUGUUAAUGUUAGCUGUAGACGUGUUAAGUGUUUAUACGUUUUUAGGUGAAACUAAUUAUUAUAUCGUAGCAUUGUUUAGUCACAAAAUAUUACAGUUGCGGUGGAAAAAUAACUUCUAUCACCCGACCUUUGCUCUUGUAAAUGUUAUGGUAGAUAUCACAAAAUUUAUAGUAUUGUUUUUUUUUUAUUAUUUGUGUAUAGAUUGAUUUACUUAUAUGCUUGUUAUCGUCUGUUACUGUACUUUAUAAGUAUUUUAUUUUUUUCGCAGUAUUUUGUUUUGAGAAUUUUUUAAAAUAUAUUUGUUAUAUUUUGACCGCAACUGUCAAAAUGUUGAAGCCUAUCUGAAGUUCCAAACUGUACGAAUUUACAGUGUCAUAUCAAUUUGUACACGCUUGUGUAACGCGUCCUGUCGCGGGCGACUAUGCUUCUGAAUUAGUAUUUUGGUGCCUACAAAUACAAAAACCUAUGUGUUGUUUUGCCUACUAAAGAUAGAAUUUUGACCUUUAGAAGUAAUAUCCAGAUAAGUAUCUGUCUCUAAGGGAAAAUAGUGCCGUCUCUAGCUCAUAUAGCGCCUGGGUGCAAUCAUUACCCAAGCGCCCUCUGUAUAUUGGAAAAUUAUGAGUAGAACAUAUAGAUAGAAGUCCUAGAAAAGUUUUAAAGUCCUCAAAUAUCUUAUUUUCUGUAGUAUUAGUUGGUUGUGUGGACAUAAAAUAAUAUAUUUUUAAUUCUGAAACGAUGGUAUUUGUAGGCACUAAAUGUUACAAAAUAACUAUAAAUUCAUUACUGUUGAAUGUUGUGAAGACUGUUGUCUAUGCCAUUUAUCGUAAUAGUAUUAUUUAAUUAAUCUGUACUUACAGUUUGAUUCUUAAUUAAAUUAUAAUUAUUUGUUACAUUAAUAGAUAAAAAUAAAAUUAUAUAAUUUACAAGAGUUGUUUAUGGUUGUCAUUCUAUUUUCUUUCUAAUGUUCCUUUUGAUAAGUUGUUUCAAGAAAAUAUUUUGUAAUUACAACUCUUUAUUGAAAUUGAUUUCGCGUGCCAUUUCUUUGAAUUAAAAUAAAUAUAUAGAUUGAAUUGUAAGUACAGUGAACAGUAUAAUAACGAUACGCUUUAGAGGUGCGGCAGCUAAGGAAGGUGAUUUGUUCUCUAGUAAUCUGUUGUCGAUAAUUUUACUGUCAUAUCGAUAUAUCGAUGUUUGUUUACCUUGCACUAAUGUUCAUAGAUGUGUAAAUAGGAUAUUGGUUUUGUUAAAUUCUUUCUUAGUGACUUGAUAUUUGGGCGCGUUUUAACCUAAACAAUUUUUAAAGGAAUAUUUUAUCCUCUGUCAACUCAAAGAUAGAAGCACAUCACAAAGUUUCUUUUGAAGAAUCAUGAUUCAAAAGUUAAUAGUUUUGACUCUUAUAAGCGUUAAGAAAUAAAAUUAUUUCCUUGCACUUAAUUCAGCCAUUGGUAAAAAGGCGCUCGAAUAUUAAUCACUAUAAUAAUUAUUAUUAUUUUCUAAAAAUCUUCAUUUCAAUCAUUUGUACAGUUUUAUCAAAAUGCAGUGUUAUAAUCGCAAUGUUUUUGUACUAUGUAUUUAAAAAAAAUUUUUUAUUAAUUUUUAUCAUUCGUUUUUUUUUGUGCCCUAAGGUCCAAAAUACUUUUGUUUUUUAUUCUCCGAUCAAUUUUUCCUUCUAUUUUUAUUCAUAUCUGUUUAAAACGGUGUUUUCAUUUCAAAAACUUUUUGUGUUAUCAUUGAAAAUUUUGGUAUUUUAUCAAUGUUUUUGAAAGACCCUAAGGCAGUUUUCGAAAAUAAAAUAAACAUCUUUAAUAUAUUCUUCUAUUUGGGACCUUGUGGCUAAAAACUGCAAUGGUGCAAGACUGUUUGAUUUCCACUUUACUUUAAAUCACAAUUACACUAAACUUGGAUUAUUAGAUGCAUAAAAAAAAUAUAUAUGUAGUAUAGUAAAUAACGCUUGCUUUAAGGACAAUUGCUUUGUGAAAUAUUUUUGUUUUUAUUUUUUAUUAUAUUAUGUAUUCAUAUUGCAAUCACAAUACACAGGCGUUUAUUAGUCCAAGUUUACAAUCAAAUAUGCGAAAUAUAAUAAUUUGUAAGAGUUGUAUUUUUAUUGAGGAUAUUUUUAUAACAAUAAUAUGUUGGUGCGCAGGAGUGGAUGGAUAAGGGACCAGAGCGUUGUAGAGAUACAGAAUUUGUAUUGUCAUUGUUUUGCAUCUGUUGUCUAGAUAUAGUUUAAAAUAUUAAUUAUGUUGUGAUCUUGAGAUCUAAUUAGUUACUAAUGUAAUGUGCACUUACCAUAGGUAUAUAUUUGUAUAUAACCGAGGUAUCACCAACGUUUCGUGGUGUACAGAAAUAUGCUUCUGCUUAAUAAAAUUAAAAAGAUAUAUUCCAAUUUA